AUGGAUGUUUUACAGGAGCCUCGUUACCCGGGGCCAGAGCCAAGCCCCGCCCAGAAAAACACCACCACACAGAAUGAAUCACAUGACCAGCUCUCCGGUGCGCCACAUGAUCUGCGUAACUGUGAUGAUAUUGAGUCUGCUGUCCUGGCCCCGCCCACCCUCAGCCCGUCUGACCUCCACGACGAGUCAGUUUCCAAUGCCACAUCUCUUUCCUCGCUCUCUUCAUUUUCUUCACUCUCCUCCUUGUCAUCCCUGUCUUCUGUGUCCUGCUCAAAGCCGGUGACGCCCUGGUCUGUGCCACAGAGCUGUGAUGGGGCGCCUCUCUCCACUGUGGAGUCUGGGGGCGGGGACUGCCUGAGCUGCCUGAUCCAAACAAAGAACCCGACCGAACCAGAGUCCUGCGAGGCCGUGCUGGGCCUGACCUCGGAGUUCCAGACCUGUUCCACCCCCAAUAUCAGCAUGCAGUGCCUCGGCCCCACCCCUAACGCUGGUCGCUAUGGCGAUCAAGUGUUGUCUGACCAGUUGCUCAGCGGACCAACCCAUCCGGAUGGAGCCAAUGAGGGAGCUACUGAGGGAAGGCCACUGAGAGACAGUGAAUCUGAGGAGGAUCCCUCCUCUAGAAACAUCUACGAGGGGCUCGGGGAGGAGGCGCAGGACUGGAGCUGUCUGGAGUCUCUGAUCAGCGAGAGCCGUAUGGAGCUGCUGGACCUGUGCUCUCGCAGUGAGCUGGCAGUCAACCUGUUCUGUGAAGAGGAUGUGGAUAACUACAUGUUUCAGGAGGAGGAAACGGCCCUGAACACAGACAUCUGUUCCCUAAAGAUUCGCUACGAGUCGUACCAGGACGGAGCACAAGAGAGGAGCGAGCACGUCCUUCAGGAUGACACGCAGCUCAACUUUUUCCCCAGCAUUCCCUGUGGUCGGAGGGAGGGGCCAAGAGAGAAACAGGACCAGUGGGCUGAGGACAAGACAGACACCCAAGCCACACCCAACGUCAGCCCUGAGAGCAACUUUCUGUUUGACCUCAGCAACUCCCCUGAGGAUUCAGCUGAAUCCAGUGACGAUAGCUCAUGCACUGGCUCCUCCCCUGACGCGUGGCAGGCUCGACGGGCCCAUGGACGCUUGUCCCGGGAGAACUCGAGCUCUUCCAGCCAGCUCAGUUACCGCCUGCGGGCCAAGAGGAAGGUAGCUUAUCGGGAGGACUACCUGUAUGACGUAGACUCCAUUGAAGGCGAGAAGAACGCGGAGAAACGCGAAAAACAGCCUGUUGAACCGAAGAACGAGCGAGAUGAUGACUGGUGCCCGAAACGCAGGCGGAAGUCCUGUCGGAAGGAGCCCCCUGUAAUCAUCAAAUACAUCAUCAUCAACCGUUUUAAAGGGGAGAAGAACAUGCGGGUGAAGCUGGGCAAAGUGGACCCGUCGGCCACGGCAGUGCGUUUGAGUUCAGACGCCAUGCUGCAGUACGAGAGGCUGGCGCCUCUGAAGGCUUACUGGCAGAGACGUGAGAGGGAACAGCGGGAGCAGAACAGACUCGCUGCUGCUGACAAAGCAAAACGUCUGAAUGGCUGCAAGAGGUCCCCCAGCUCCGCCCCUCCUAAACGCAAACAUCGGAUGGCGAGCAGACUCAGGAUCCAGCGGGUCCGUGCCGUGGAGAACCCACCGAUCAGCCAAUUGCCAAACCCCCCAAAUUGCCAGCGAGAACAUUCUGAGCACACGCUAAUGGUACUGGACCGAGCCAAAAUGAAGCCAGGUGAAGCGCUGGGGGAGGCUGUGGCUGACUGCUCUGCGGAGGUAGAGUCCGGAAACACGGCACAUGUGGUCAGAGCAAAGAGCAGGACACAGGAGAGAGAGGAAAGGAGAAAAGGAAACAAAACAGGCAAGAUUAAGAAAUUCAAAAGUGAGGCCCGUCUGCGGUGUAAAAAGCUGAGGGAUGUAGAGAGAGAGGGAAAUGCGACAUCACAAGAUCUCGCUGAGGUAAGCUCCACUGUUCCCCAGACACAGAGCGGCUCUCCUGAUGGCAUUCUGGUUGCAGGGGAAACCACCACUACCGCCAGUAACGUUCCUGAUAAAUGCACUUUUACACCUGCUACCCCUGGCUCUGAUGGGAAUGUGGUGGUUUUGCCAGGCGGAUACCUACAGACUUUGCUGGAGACUUCGGAUUCAUCCAGCAGUACGGGCAUUGCAUACUUCCCCCAGCAGCAGCACCAGCAGCAGGAGGCAGGAUUGUUACCCAUAACCACCCCCUUGCCAUCCACACAGAGCUGUGUUCUCUCCCCUCCCUCAGAGUCCGAGCUCCCGCAGUCCCCUCAGGCCGCCUCACAUCACUCACACCACGCUGAGAUACACAACACACGCUACAUCGAAUCCAACAACAACGAACCAAACUACGCUGUAUCCUGGCAUUCCCAACCUACCAAUGAGCAGCUCCCGUUUUCUCCCGACAUCCCCACUCAGUCUCCGGUGAUGCCUUCUGGCUUCUCCAGGCCUCUGCCAGUGCUGGCUGUUGAUGGAACCAAUGUGGCAGAGUACGGGCCGGUGCCACUGGCAGGCUGCAGGAUCCCGUUUGAGGAACCGCUGGUACCAGAGUCACAAUCGGACCCAGAUUAUGGUAUGAGUCCUGCAGGGUCCUGCGGUGACAGGCUUGUCAGCUUCAACUCACUGGGUUCGCUUUCUGCUGCCUCAAGCAACUACAGCUCUCUGAGCCUACGUGACGGAGAGGGGGAGAGAGAGGAGGAAAUGAGCGAAAUGAACGACACGUUCCUGUCUCACUGCAGCCCACGGUUGGUCCUGCAGCAGAACCUGGAAGAGGUCACUCCUCUUAGAGAAUCUACUGACCUGCUGGACAUCUCCAACUUUACCCCAGAUAAAUUCCGCCACUCCUCCCUAUCUGAGAUGUCCCCGCCUGACACGCCCAAUUCUUCACCACAGCUCCUGGGGAAUUGUGGGAAGGGUGGGAGCUUCUCUGAGACAGGAGGAGUGAGUACCUGUGGAGCAGCUGAGUUACAGUGGGACCACGGGGUUAGCACACAGCUGGAACGAGAUGGGGCAGGGAACACACACCUCCUCCAGAUACACACGUUCAGUCAGGAAGAGGAAGAAGAGGAACUUAGGGAUCAAAAGGGGACAAAGAGGAAGGGUGGAAAAAAUGGCCAAGGCUCCAAAAAGAGUAAAACGCCCAGGGCAGCUAAGGGUGAGAAGGCCAAGCUCCCUAGACAGGGCUCCCGUUCUGCACGGAAAAUUAAAGCCCUGUUGGAAGGGAAAGCCGCUAAAAGCGGGGCGAGGUCACCGAGUAGCGCUGCCUCUCCCACACCCUCUCUAGGCAUGCUGGGACCGCAGGGGGAAUGGGUCAGUAGCGCCGCGCUGUCCGAGGAUGACCAGCGUGAGUUCCAGGAACCAUCCAACAUCCUGUCCAACAUUGUGUCAGGCAUGGCUGAGGUACAGCGUUUCAUGAGGGCAUCUGUAGAGCCACUGUGGGGACCUUGCCUGUCUCCGGGGCAACACUCUCUGCAGAGUCAGACCCUGAAGAUCUUGGGCAGCCCAGCAGACCUAAAGAAGAGAGGCAGUGCCUCGGGGGCUGGCAGAGGGAAGAAAGGGGCGGGGCGCGGGGGUAAGACCCCUCCAAAGCUCCUCCAACCCGCAUUCUUCCCUCCCUUGGGCCUGGACUGCCUCCCUAUGCCACAUCGACCCGCCCACAAAAAGAUGUACCGACACAAAAGCAGUGCUAAAUUUGCCCGUGAGGAACUGUUAGCCGGAAAACGGGAUGUUAAAGCUGUUGCCCUGACUGCACUGGUAGAAAAACGGAGGUAA